AAAUAUACAAUUCUCAUAGGAUAAAAAAACAACCUCAAACAAUUCUAACCUUAAAAGUUUAAAAACACAACAUGGAAAAAGGCGAAUUACAGUGUAAAUUUGGCAUUCUUAGCCGACCCGACGGGUCUGUUAUGCUUAGUGAAGGGAACACAACCGUUAUAGCUGGUAUUUACGGGCCAGUAGAAGUAAAAAUGCAGAAAGUUUUGAUAGAAAAGGCUGCAGUUGAGUGUCAUUACAGGCCCAAGUCAGGUCUACCAGGUGUUGAAGAUCGAUUCUACGAGUCCAUUAUAAGAAAUAUCUGUGAAACUGCCUUAGCAGCAAGUAUGUUUCCCAGAUCGGCAAUAUCAGUGGUUAUACAGGAAAUGCAAAAUAGUGGUGAAUUGAUCUCCUGUGCAAUAAAUGCAGCUUGUCUAGCUUGUUUGGAUUCUGGAAUUGACAUGAAAUGUAUGUUUGCUGCAGUUUCAUGUUUUUUGGGAGAAAAUAACCAGUUAAGUUUGGUGCCACCAGUAAAUAGAAAGGAAAUAAAAGCAACAUUUGUUUUUGUGUUUGACAAUAUUUGUGGAAAAAUUAUAGCUUCUCACACUGAUGGAAAAUUUAGUGAAUCUUUGUAUGAAGAAGCUUUGUAUAUUUGUAUGAAUGAAAGUAAAAAUAUUUUUAGUUUUUUUAAAAAAUCUUUGUUUGAAAGGGAGGAGAAAGGAAAAAAGAAAUAAGAUUUUUAUAUAUUAAACAAUUUUUUAAAUAGGUA